CUUUCGGAAAGGAUGUUUGUGCGUUACUGCUCCGUCCGUGUUGGGCCCUUUCGGAUAAGUUCCUUCAGUACGAGGAAUAGGAAGUGAGAGUGCAAUGCAAAGGCAUGUGAAAACCGGAACAAGUGUGAACUGGUCGGUUAGCGGUGCUACAGCAGCUGUCGUCACCUGUGACCUGACGAGUUGUUGGACCGGCAACGGAUACAGUCGCUAUCCUGCGGUCUUUGAAGCCAGACGGACUGAGUACAGUGGAGUCGUCUCCACGGCAGCAGGGCGUUGACAUACCAAGGAAGAAACCCGUGUUACGGUUGUGUCAACAUGAGUUGUGAAUUAAUAAUUUAACGCUAUCCAAUUUGAUGUGGUGAUGAAUAUUCAUGACGAUCCUUUGACCGAUGUGCGGUGGCCAGCAGUAUGCACCUAACGGAUUAUCGUUAAAAAGCUCAACCACUAGAUGCAAUAGUGAAAUUAUCGUUCCUGGCGCAAAUUGUCCAUUGUACUCGCAGCCGUUGUGAAGUGAUGAGUAAUGGGUAACAGUUCCCGCUUCCGGUCUCAUGCUGUUCGGAUUCCUGUACUCUGCUGAUCCUUGAGUUCCAAGUUGACAGCUUGAGCUGCGAGUUAACAAUGACGACACUCUUCACUCGACCAGAACACUCACUGAGCUGGCGACAGUUGAAAUGAUUGAUGAAGUUACACGCUGUGCAAAUAACGAAACAAAUAAUUAUAAAUUUAUGAUGAAAUUAAUUUGAUUGCGUUUACCGUCUACCCUGGCCCCUGGUCCAUGAUGGACAAUUCUAGGUGAAUCUGUACAUAGUGCUUUGUGCUUUCUCAACACUCUCUACUGAGUUCUUUCAACUUUGCCGAUCUAGAUGUGAAAUCAUGAUUCAGUUGUCACUAUACUAAGUGAAUCUGUUUAAAGUGCAGUGUUUUUUUUGGAAAAUCGCAAAAAUUAAUCGUAAACGUGAGACAAAAAUGGUCUCCGAGCGGUGCAAUAAUUGUUGGUGUUUUGUACUCCUGUUAUCAUUGAAUCUAAUUGGACAUUCCUAUGGAUACUUCGACCUUUUCUUGAAUCAUUCGGAAGUAAUCAAACUGAUGGGCAUCGAGGCCGAUCUGUUCUACGUACGGGACGGGGCCAUUAACGACUAUGCCAUCAGCUUCGUGGUUCCGAUGAAAACCGGCAUUGACGAUUUGCAGUUUUCCUGGCAGAGCCGCACAGCGUAUCCGCUUCCGUACACGAUAUCGGUCCACUACGAUGACAACGAGGGCGCCCUGCAGCAUCCGGAACUGAACAUCCCGAGCAGUGGCAUCAUCCCGAGGACAGUGGAGACGUUCACGGUUCAUCUGCUCUGCUCAGGCAAUGUGUCGAAAGAGGUGCCGGUCGGGAUUCACCUGCACGUCGAAGGACCGCCGAAGCAAAACGAUACUAAAUUGAUAAUCAAACGAAAUAAAAUUUGCAUUAAAGGCAUCUUCCCACCGCGACACCGACUUCCAGCAGCAGAAAUUGCCCCGCCACAGACACCCGCCUUACUCGGUGCCGCCGCUAGUGCCCUCGGACUGGUGCUGGUGGUGGGACUCAUUGCCAGCGCGAUGUACGUUCGUGCCCGCAAGCAGAUCCGCCAGGAUUCACUACACACCAGCUUCACAACUGCUGCUUAUGGCAGCCAUCAGAAUGUUUUCAUCCGUCUGGAUCCCCUGGGGCGACCACCUAGUGCUAACAGUGGCUCCUACGCCACGAUUGCCAGCCUCAACAAAUACCCCAUCAGCGAGUCGAAAAAGUCAUGGUUUCGAAGUACACCGUCCCCGUCGCCGUAUGCCACGGCCCUUCUGCCACUGAACCAUGGCCACAGCAACGGAGGUCUUGCCGCGACGGAAUCCGUUUAUGCCAAGCCUGAAUCGGUCUGUCCGUCCCGGGUGUCCUAUUACGCUUCGUCGCAACUGACGCAGGUGUACAGCCUAUCGACUCCAGCCCGAAGUAUCCAUAGCAAUAGCUCUAACCCAAAGGACAAGCUCCGGCGGAUUGCCGUCUCUCCGGACACCAUAAUCUGCCAGCAGCUGGCGCAGGAGGGAACCUACGGACGAAUCUUCUACGGUGUUCUACAUCAUCCCCUCGGCGAGACAAGAGACGUCCUUAUCAAAACUGUUGUCGACGGUGCCUCGCUCAGCCAAGUGGCCUAUCUACUGUCGGAGGGAUCAACGCUGUGCGGAGUAUCCCAUCCCAAUAUACUAUUUCCGGUGGCAGCUGUCACCGAGCUUUCGGGCCCACCGAAAGUCGCCUAUCCACUGGCAGCCAAGGGAAAUCUCAAACUAUACCUUCAAAGCUGCCGGGAUAUCGGCAUGCAGAGCUCGGGCGUGUCGCUAAGCACCCGACAGCUGGUGGAUUUCGGCCUUCAAGUGGCCCGUGGCAUCUCGCAUCUUCAUUCACUCGGUGUGCUGCACAAGGAUGUCGCUACCAGGAACUGUGUGCUCGAUUCGGAGCAAAAUGUACGAGUCUGUGAUAACGCUUUGUCGCGUGACGUGUUCCCAAAUGAUUACCACUGUCUCGGUGAUAACGAAAACCGGCCGAUUAAAUGGAUGGCACUGGAAACGUUAGAGAAGAAAUUCUACACAACGUCGAGCGACAUCUGGAGUCUAGGAGUUCUGUUAUGGGAGCUGGCCACACUUGCAGCAAUGCCAUUCGAGGAGGUGGAUUCCUUCGAGCUGGCCGCCUAUCUACGGGAUGGAUAUCGGUUAGCACAACCGGUUAACUGUCCGGAUGAGUUCUACACGGUGAUGUCCUGCUGUUGGCUCGUAGAUUAUAAGCAGCGUCCGUCGUUUCCGCAGCUAAUAGCCUAUCUGCACGAUUUUCACGAGGAUUUGGGCAAGUACGUCUAGCGUGACAAGCGAUGAUUUCAGUGGCCAUACACACGGAAUUAAAGGUUACCGUUUUUCGUCAUGAAGAAGGUGCUUGCAAUUAUUCACAAGCGCGACAACCUCGGUUCCAGAGAAGUUGUUCAACGAUCCACGCCGGGUUGCAUUUGGAUGUUUACCUCCAGGACAAGUAGCAACCGACAAAUUAGUUAGGAAACGAAUGAAAGCGUGUUACACGGAAAAGAGGCUUGCGUUGCAAAUAAAGAAACCAGUGCUGAGAAGAUUUGAGUUUUCAAAUGUAAUCGUAUAUGCAAGGUGCAAUUUAUUACGAAUUGUGGGACACAGAUUGAAUGUAUAUUUUUUCUGGUGAUGAAUUGAAGGCUUUAUUGCCACUACAAAGUGUUUUUGAAAUCAGUUAAAGCUGGCCCGUAAAUUGCUUUAUUAAUGCAAUUGGAGUAAACGAAGAAAAUUACUGUCAGAUCAGUGUAAUAACAAUAAAAUCGUGAUUACUUUUAAUGUUGGUGUUAAUGCUCCUUCGACACAAAUAUAGUUUUAUGAAAAUGUUCGUUUCGCUAGCAUUAUAAUGGAAGUUAUAUACUCCAUUGAAUUUAAUGGCGCACAAAUGGGUUACAAAACUGGAACCGCAACACAUCACUUCAAUUGGAUUAUCCAGGUUCAUUAUCUACUUUGUUUUGAUAGUUUUAUUUAUUAUUGUACUUCGAUCUGUCUGGGCUCUCACAGUAAUUCAAGCAAAUAAACAAAUAUUGAAAAAAGAAAUCGAUUAAAUUUAGCCAAAUGAUAUCAAAUGACUGUGUUUUGAUCAUUGUCAAGUCAAUAAAUACACAACUAUUAGCGAACGCAGUAACUGUUAUUGAAAUUAAACAAACAAUUGUCAACCGUGAAUCUGUGAGUUUGACAUUGACAGCAAAGCGGUAGUAAGAGGAGACGACAGCGAAAAUAACUAAGAAUAAAACACAAACAACAAUUAGAGCGAACUAAUUUUAGGGCAGCGAAGUGAAUGCGAGAACAAAAGAUAACAUAGAUUUAUAUAUAUAUUUUUGUUACGAGUAAAAUGUUUAUACGACGAAAAACAAACAGACCUGGCGAAUCAAAAUCGGGGGUAGAAAAGUUGUUAGAGAGAAUUAUUUAACGAAAAGUUGGCUUUUUCCUAGCGCAAACUCUAGAGUUCAGGAAAAGCUUACCGCACGAAAUCAACGCUACUUACGCGCGGCCAGCGCCGAGGGAAAUGGUUUCACUCCACGCUUAGAGCAAAAGUUUUACACCACAAAUUAAAAUCAUCCAUGUGAACCUCAUUCUCGCGGCUAGUUUGAUGAUAGUGGGUGGAGGUCCCUCACGCGGUAAAGCAGCUUCCUUUUUGCUUUUUUUCCUGCUGCUUCACUUCGAAUACAUUGUUGCUCCUAGCGGAGUAUAUCCUAUCUACAACUUGCUGCGUCUCUCUCACUCUGUGGUAGCAAACCGCGUCGCUUCUAUCUUUUAAACUCUGUAAAUACGCGGCCAACAAUGGCAACUAGAAGUAACCGAAAAGUUAAACUUUGGUCGAAAAAGUUCUCUCGCAUAAAGCAUAAUGAGAAGAAAACUUUUAAGGAAAGUACAGGGUUAAAAAUUUAGUUUUACUUAUCUACGCUUUCUCCUCUCAAGCGAAAGGAAGUAACAGAUUUAUUUUUAUACACAUAACUAAAAAACCGAAUUUAUGUUUGAAUCAUCUGUAAAUGUAAGUCGUCAGUCUUUUUCAUUAAUGUGGUGUUUCUGUUAUCAAGUUUCGGAUGCCUACUCGAGCUAGUAUUUCUGCAACGCGUGCAACCAAGACAUAGACUCAAUGCCACUAACUAAAUGCAAAUUGAGAAACAAAAACUACUGAAAAAAUGCUACUACUAGGAAUAUUUAUCGUAAACUUCAGCCAAUUUUGAGAACAACACAACAAAACUCACUUUUAAUCGUCAAAGCUAUUUAAUAUCAAUGUUAUAUCUGUCAUUUUUCGAUUUAAUCUCUUACUCUUUAACUGUCAAAUAAUUGCAACCGUCUCUCUAAUAGUAAGAAAAUCUAACCAAAAAUUCUCAACAGAAAAAAAAAGAAACUGUGCCACCUCAAGAGCCAAAAAGUGCACACGAGUAAGCAAGAAAAAGAGAGAUCCGAAAGAACACAGUGUAUUGUUAAAAUACGAAAGAUGAAAUAAAGCGAAAAUCAAAACUAA